AAAAAAAAUUACAUGCCACUGUUAUCUGGAUAUAUCUACUGGUAUAUAAUUACAUCCAAGUUGCACUUUUGCCUUUUUAUUUCCGUUUUGGGACCUCUUUUAUCAUCUGGCCAACUGGGAUAGACAAAGCACAGUUGGUGCCCAGAGCCACGGCACUCUGGUAGGGGGCUGGCUGGCUGUGAAUUGACGUGGCAUGGAAAUUCUCCACUAAGUUGCAGCAGCUUGAAUGUUUCUCUGAGAUCAAGCCCUGCCCAGAUUCUGUAGCUAAAUCAUGGGCUCAGGGACUUUACACAGAAAUGGACAGAAACCAUCUUCAGCUCCUUUCUUUGGACUCUGAUGUUUUCUGGCUGGGUAUUGAUGGCUCAGCCGAAAACCCAAUCAAAGCAGUGAAGUCUGUAACUUUCUUUUCGCAGCUUAAACAACAGAAUUUUCUGCCCUCCCUCUCCUUCCCUGCAGUCUAAUUCCUCGCAGACUUUGCUAUGGGGUGCGGACUUCGAAAGCUGGAAGACCCUGAUGAUAGCAGUCCUGGAAAAAUAUUUUCUACCCUGAAGAGACCACAAGUGGAAACAAAGACGGAAUUCGCUUACGAAUAUGUAUUACUGGAUUUUACAUUACAAGCUUCAUCAAACCCAGAAGUCAUCAAGAUCAAUUCAAUUUUGGAUAUAGCAACAAAAGUGGAAGACUAUUAUCUUAAAGGAUAUAUCGUUGGGGCCAUUCAUCCUAUUAUACAACCUGUGGGACCCCGAAAACACCUACCAGCAAGUUACCUUUACAGGGUGGUUUUAUCACGCUCAAAACUAAGCCCAAAGCACUCAGCAGCAUCCAGUGGACAAAGACGCCCAAGACUUGUGAUUGAGGAAUGUCCUCUAACUUACGAGACACAAACAAAUGACAUAGCGAAAGAACUGAUAGAAAAGAUUAAUGUUGCUGCUAAAAGAGGAAUGAGAUUUGUUGGAUUUAUAUCCCAGCAUUCUUCACCAUCUAAAUGCUGUAAUGGGACCAGCCAUGAUGGAGACAUAGAACCAAUGCUGCGUGUGAGACACAGUCCGGAUGAAAACUGCAGAAGUUGGAAUGAAGGAACCUUAAGCAGGCAAUCAUCUAAAAGCAGAAUUGAAGAAGACCCUCAUCACGAAAGCCUACAGUGUCAAAUUGAACAAAAUGGCAGCCCCAGCUCCCCUAAACCCAAAACUGGAGAAGAUAACAAGUUGUAUACAGUCUUCAAUGUUUUUGAUGAUGACUCGACCUGCUGGACCUAUCAGGAAGGCAUCCUGUCAAUGAAAAUAACAAGAAAAGGAUCCAUCAUCAGUACACUUGAUGCUGAUUGGCUAGAAUUAACUACCUUUUAUUAUAAGCAAGGCUUGUCUCUAACUGAUUCUUUUGUAUCCUGGGAGACCUCUAAAGGGGACCAUUUGCCUAAAUCUUUGGAAGGAUUUUUUAUAUAUGAAGAAGAAGGUUCUGGAGUUCCAGGUUCUAACAGGAAAGGAAACGAUGCUAUUGUCGUAGAACAAUGGACCAUCAUUGAGGGCUGUGAGAUCAAAACCGACUACGGCCCUCUCCUGCAUACUCUGGCUGAAUUUGGAUGGCUUUUGACAAAUGUGAUGCCUACACCCAUACUGAGACAUGACAGUGAAGGGAAUUUGGCUACAAAACAAGUAGUGUUCCUUCAGAGGCCAGUUAUGUGGAAUUCAGCUGCUCACACCCCAGAGAGGAAAGGCAGCCGGUUUCUAAAGGGCGAAGACAGGAACAGAGUGAGCAGCGGCUUAGACACGGGCCUGCCUCAACCUGUGGAGGGCAGAGCCUCCUUGGAGGAGAGCUUCCUUUCUGCCUCCAGAGAGUGCUGGAACAAGGAGGAGAGACCCAGCUUCUCGGGGUUCAGUGGCGGAGGCGGGGACAGUGGCCUGCGGGAGCUAGAUGAUGGACAGCUUGACCAGGAAGAUGGAGUGACCCAGGUCACGUGCAUGUGAACCGCAGGGCAAGCAAUAGAAGGUCUUGUGAAUCGUUAUUAAAAAUCAUGGUCAACUGACAUCCUUGUACUACUUGA